GCGCUGGGCACUUCCUGUGCAGGCCGCAGCGGGCGCCGACCGGGAGCAGCGAGCCAGCGAGCCAGCCGAGGCCCCGCCGCCAUGGGCCAGAACGACCUGAUGGGCACGGCCGAGGACUUCGCCGACCAGUUCCUGCGCGUCACGAAGCAGUACCUGCCGCACGUGGCGCGGCUCUGCCUGAUCAGCACCUUCCUGGAGGACGGCGUGCGCAUGUGGUUCCAGUGGAGCGAGCAGCGCGACUACAUCGACAGCACGUGGAGCUGCGGCUACCUGCUGGCCUCGUCCUUCGUGUUCCUCAACCUGCUGGGGCAGCUGGUUGGCUGCGUCUUGGUGCUGAGCCGGAACUUCGUGCAGUAUGCCUGCUUCGGGCUGUUCGGGAUCAUCGCGCUGCAGACCAUUGCCUACAGCAUUUUAUGGGACUUGAAGUUUCUGAUGAGGAACCUGGCGCUGGGAGGCGGCUUGUUGCUGCUCCUGGCGGAGUCCCGCUCCGAGGGGAAGAGCAUGUUUGCGGGCGUCCCCACCAUGCGCGAGAGCUCCCCGAAGCAGUACAUGCAGCUCGGGGGCAGGGUCCUGCUGGUCCUGAUGUUCAUGACCCUCCUGCACUUCGACGCCAGCUUCUUCUCCGUCGUCCAGAACAUCGUGGGCACGGCUCUGAUGAUCCUGGUGGCCAUCGGCUUUAAGACCAAGCUGGCCGCUCUGACCCUGGUCGUCUGGCUGUUCGCCAUCAACGUGUACUUCAACGCCUUCUGGACCAUUCCAGUCUACAAGCCCAUGCACGACUUCCUCAAGUACGACUUCUUCCAGACCAUGUCGGUGAUCGGAGGCCUGCUGCUGGUGGUGGCCCUGGGCCCCGGCGGCGUCUCCAUGGAUGAGAAGAAGAAAGAGUGGUAACAGGACCGGGCCCUGCCCUGCCUGGCCAGCACUGGCCGCCGAGGACCGGCUCAGGGUGGCGCCGCCAGUGGCCAGCGUUCGUGUCCUCUCCCCCACCCCCUUGGUAAAGGCACAGAUGUUUCGAGAACUUUAUUUGCAGACACCUGAACCCCGAUGGCCACAGCCGGUCUGACCACUCAGCGCCCGCCCCGCCCGCCGGUGGCCAGAUCCCAGGGGCGGCCCUGCCGGCCGCGGCCUCAGUGCGUUGCUGGGUUUCUGGGGGCUGGCCGCCUCACCGUACUGUUAGCAGACACCUGUCACCCAGAAUGCAGAGCGGUCUCCACUUGACGUUUACAUUGUUAGCUCAAACUACUACACAACCGGGAUGGCCCAGCCAGUGCCACACUCGCUGCCCGUGCUGUGGCACCUCACACCCCACAGGGACCCCAGAGCCAAAGGAUGACGCAGUAUUAGGAGGCCCCGAGGCUGCUGGGAUGGUACAAGUCCUCGCCGGGGCGCCAGCGUGCCCAGGGGCGGGCAGCCCGCCGGCUCCUCACGGACGGGUGUGGGGUGCGCAGCGCGGCAGCAGCGCCAAGACCCUGGGCCGGCGCCAGCUCGCCCUCGCCCCUUCUGUCGCUCGCCCGCCCAGAUUGUCCGCUCGCUACGCUGAAUGCAGCCAAAUUACUUCCUAAAUUUGUGAUGCCUUACCCGGUUUGACCUUGACCCUGUAUUUAAAGUUUUCUAACAUUG